AAUGAGUUAAAACGAAAAUAAAAUGAAGAAAAUGUUACUUAUGGGUUAACAUAAAGUGGGUAAAACUUCAAUGCAUUCAAUUAUUUUUGCAAAUACCCCUCCAAAUUAAGUUAUGUAGAUUGGAUUGACUGUAGAUGUAAAUCAAAAUUCAUUUAAAUUUAUGGGAAAUCUUAAGAUAAAUUUAUGGGAUUGUGGUGGAUAAGUAAUAAUAUUUAGUUUAUUUUGAGGAUAAACUAUUAUAAGAGUAUUUCACUACAUAGAAAUCUACAAUAUUUUCUAAUGUUGAAGUUUUGAUAUAUGUGUUUGAUGUUGAUAAAGAAGGAGAUCUAUUCAUUAAGGAAUUGAAUGAUUUUAAAACUACAGUAACAAGUUUAUCAGAAUGUUCUCCUGGAGCUAUUGUAUUUGUUUUGAUUCACAAAUUUGAUAAAAUAAAAGAAUCAGAAAGAAAAAUUGUAUUUGAAGUAUUAUCACAUUUUAUAUUCUUAGCGAAAAUACAAAGAGAUUAUUCAAAGAGCAGAUGGCUUAAAUAUUGAAAUUAAAGAUGUGUUUUCAACCUCUAUUUGGGAUGAAACUCUAUAUAAGGCUUGGUCUUAGAUUGUUCAGAAUUUGAUACCUAAUAUAAAUGUUAUAAAGGAGAGUUUGAAAGCCUUUUGCCAAACUUGUAGUUGUGAGGAAGUUGUUUUAUUUGAAAAAUCAACUUUCUUGAUUAUUGAUUUUUAGGAAACAACUGAGAAAAAAGGUUUUAAUCAGAUUUAAUAUAUAGAUAUCUAAAAAUAUGAGAGAUUAUCUAAUAUAAUAAAGCAAUUUAAGUUGACUUGUAUGAAAACAUAAGCAAAUAUAUAAGCAAUAACAGUAAAAUCAGAGAAAUUUACUGUCUAUAUAGAUGAAUUUACAGAAAACACAUUUAUAAUGUUGGCUUACACUGAUCCAUCAAUUUAUCCAGCUGCUAUUUCACACAACGUUCAUCAUGUAUAAUUUAAAUUUAUUAAAGGCUUAAAAAUUAUUUGAAAGUAUUCAAGGAUCUGAUACAGAUAAAUUGAAAUAUUUAAUUUAAAGAAGACCAUGAA